GGGAAUUGUGGGAUGAGGAAGGAGUGUGUGAGGAGUAGUAGCACGGAGUUUUCGGUCUUUUAGAAGAGCUAUGGAUGGUGCGACAACCAGAUACUCUUGGCUUCGGGCUUCCGUUAUUUUCCUCGUUAUUUUACAGGAAUGUUUGUCGCUGGAGAUAACCCGACUAACAGUUCCAAGUUUCGUCCAAAACGGUAGCGAAGAAUCUGUACUCCUGGACUGCGAAUACACCUACAACCUCAAAGAAGACAAGAAGCUAGUGGUCAAGUGGUUCCAUGAAGACGACCCGAACCCUGUUUACCAGUGGAUACCAGAAUUUGACGCGAAACUCCAUUCUGAAAAGUUUCGAGUGAAUGAGGACUACUUAGUACCGGCAGGAAACGAGUACACUCGCUCUAGGGCGCUCAACAUACAAAGACCUACCACAGAACUCAGUGGAAAGUAUUCGUGUCAAGUGCAAUCUCUAGAAGGCUCGGAUACCAGAGAAGAUCAUAUGGUGGUAUAUGCUCUGCCAUCUUCUGUGAAUUUGAACUAUACCAUCCACUCUGGAAUAGUUCGUGUUGCUUGUGAAGUGGACGAUGUCUUUCCCCUACCUGAGAUGUCCUUGUUCAAGGUCGAACCGGGAGAAGUCGACCCGACGCCCAUAGACGAAGAAGAGCUGGAUUAUGAACUGGAAGAUGGGGCUUACAAUGUUGAACUCUCGACAAAUAUUACGGAAAGGGAACUGGCAUCGGAUGGAUUAACAUUCUUCGGAUGUUCGGUAGUCCUUAAUGGGACCAAAUACGAGAAAACGAUUCAAGUUCCUUACUUUCCAGAUCCUGUAGCAGAAAAACAAGAAGGUGAUGAUUCUGACGACGAUGGAGCAAGUGAACAUGCAGCAGUCACAGCACUAGUAGCUUCUUUGGUUUCACUGCUUUUCCUGUUAACGUAGCAAAUGCUGAACGAGUACAAGUAUAACUUACGAAUCUUCAAGUGCCACGCUGUUUGCUACGCCAAACUACUUCGUGUGUCUAUUUUUUACGAAGAAUGUGAUGAAUUUGUUGGUAGUUUUAUCAUUAUAAGACUUUUCUUGUGAACUGUUGUAAACUACGUAAAAGAUUUAUUGUUUUUUGUUUAAAUGACAUGUGUUGAAAACAAAACUUUAUGCAAGCAAGAGAAGUCUGAUCUUAGUGCAUAUCAAAGUUAUUUCUCAGUACGAUCUAUAUCAAUUGAAUUGUUAAUUGU